AAUAAACAGCCAACUUUGCUCACAGCGGAGAGCAGGGAUGGACCUCGUGUGGAACACCUCGGCCUUCCUCCUGGUCAACCUCGCCUGCCUGCUCCUCCUGGCGGCCUGGAGGAAAAGGACCCAGAAGACAAACCUUCCCCCCGGCCCGACCCCCCUGCCCUUCAUUGGGAACCUGCUCCAGCUGAGGGCCAGCAACAUUACCGCAACUCUGAAGCAAAUGAGUGAAAAAUAUGGCCCGGUGUUCACGGUGUAUUUCGGCACAGACCAAACCAUCGUCCUCUAUGGCUACGAUGUCGUGAAGGAGGUUUUGGUGGAUCACGGAGAUGAAUUCACCUUCCGAGGCAGCAUUCCAUCAGCUGAUAAGACCAACAAAGGCCUCGGGGUGAUCAUGUCCAAUGGUAAGCGUUGGGUGGAGCUGCGCCGCUUCUCCCUCACAACUUUGAGGAAUUUUGGGAUGGGGAAGAAGAACAUAGAAGAGUAUAUUCAAGAGGAGACGGAGUACGUGAUGAAGGAACUCCGGGCCCAAAAAGGCCAGCCUUUCAGCCCCGCCCUGCUUUUCAGCUGUGCCACCGGCAACGUGAUCAGCCACAUCCUACUGGGAGAAAGGUUUGAUUAUCAAGAUCCAAAGUAUCUCCAGAUCCUCAGUUACCUCAUGGACGCCUUCCGGCUCGAGAGCUCCAUUUCCGGGCAGGUGAGGAAUCCAGCCCCCGGAUCGCCGGACUGUUUGCCGGGCAGUCGCAAACGGCGCAAAACCUUCUCCACCAUUCGAGAACUUUGUAUUGCGGGAAGACAAAGCCAUGAGAGCAGCCUCGAUCUCAACGAUCCUCGGGACUUCAUCGACUGCUUCCUUAUCAAAAUGGAACAGGAAAAGCACAACCCCGAGACAGAGUUCACCCGAGAUAACCUGAUGAUGACCGGCUACGACCUGUUCGUUGCUGGAACGGAAACUGCCAGUAGCACCUUGAGAUACAUCCUCAUGAUCCUGGUUGAACACCCAACAGUGCAAGCAAAGAUCCACGAGGAGAUAGACCAAGUGAUCGGCAGAGAGAGAGCUCCCUCCAUGAAGGACCGGCUUCAGAUGCCUUAUACGGAAGCUGUCCUCCACGAGGCCCAGAGAUUCAUGGAUCUCGUUCCCUUAGGAUUCACCCGCUUGGUCAAAGAAGACAUUCAACUCCGUGGUUUUACCAUCCCCAAGGGUGCCACCAUCCACCCCAUCCUGAGUUCGGCCUUACAUGACCCGAAGCAAUUCAAGAACCCCAAUCAGUUUGACCCAGAAAACUUCCUGGAUGAAAACGGAGCCUUCAAGAAGAAUGGAGCCGAUAUCCCCUUUUCGACAGGAAAGAGGAUCUGUAUCGGUGAAAGUCUGGCCCGGAUGCAACUCUUCCUCUAUUCCACAACUAUCCUGCAGAGCUUCUGCCUGAAGCGUCCACCCGGAGUCACCAAAAUUGACCUUACGCCAGAAGUCAGCGGCUUUGGAAACGUACCCCGGCAGCUCCCACUUUGCUUCUGCCCACGCUGAACACCCGCAUGAUGUGGCCUCGGGGGUUUUGGCCUUCUCUCCCCGAUUCAGACAAUUGCUAGGAGAGAAUUUCAGCUUCAGUUGACCCCCGUGUCCCUUGACAGAUACGCCACUGCCUAGUACAGGGGUCUGCAACCUGCGGCUCUCCAGAUGUUCAUGAACCACAAUUCCCAUUAAGCCCCUGCCAAUUGGCCAUGCUGGCAGGGGCUGAUGGGAACUGUAGUUCAUGAACAUCUGGAGAGCCGCAGGUUGCAGACCCCUGGCCUAGGAUCACCUGCUAGUCUGGUCUAGGGUGAGUUUAUAUGUUUAGUUCUGAUUACAGUAGUUGAGAUAGUUUAUAAGGAACCAGGAAUAGAUUCUUGGAAUUAUUAAAUAACAUAAAUUUUGCAUUGCUUAUAACAAAUUAGGUGUUAUCGUAGCGUAGAAUAGCUGUUAGCAAACAAGGGGACCUGAAUCAGAGGGAAGUUAGGAAAAGAAAAUGGUGAUGUGAUAAUGGUGCUAUUUCAUUUAUGCUAAUUUUAUUCUGAAGUAUUGGAUAAGAUGUUGUAUAUUUUUGUGUAUUUGUUUUGUUGGAAACCUAAUAAACUUUAUUUUUAAAAGAUGGAA